AUGCGACUGCUCGGCCCACAGCAGCGUACGCGGAGGGCGGCGGAGCCUGAGGUGGAACCUGCACCCGGUCCACCUCCACCGUCCCACCACUCCCACAACUUCCUCGACAUCAAGAACAAGUUCUUCAAUGAGCUCGGCCACCUACCCAACCACAAGAUCAAAUUGCCCAUGUGGGUGAUCGGGGCCAUAGUGGUGGUGGUGCUGGCCCUCGUCGGCUGCUUUGCCUUCUGCAUCUAUAAGAAAUGUUUAGGAGGGAAGAAGAAAGCCAAGAAAGUGAGGGAGAGGAAGGGCGGACGCCGCACAAGGAAGAAGGACAAAGAUGGAGAGGAGGACAAGGAAGAAGCGAAGCAGGAGGAAGGUGAGGAAAAGGAGCAGGAAUUCUUUGGUAAACUGGAGUACACCCUGGACUAUAACUUUACUGACAAUCAGCUCAUCGUGGGUGUCCUGCAAGCCCAGGAUCUUCCUGCUAUGGAUAUGGGAGGCACCUCUGAUCCCUACGUCAAAGUGUACAUGCUCCCUGACAAGAAGAAGAAGUUUGAGACCAAAAUCCAGCGCAAGAACCUCUGUCCUGUUUUUAACGAGACUUUUAUUUUUAAGAUCCCCUUUAAUGACCUGGCUGGCCAGACUUUAGUGCUGCAGGUGUUUGAUUUUGACCGAUUUGGUAAGCAUGAUGUGAUCGGAGAGAUUAAGGUUCCCAUGAACAGCGUGGACCUUGGACAGCCUAUUCAUGAGUGGAAAGACCUGGUUGGAGGAGAAAAAGAAGAGCAAGAGAAACUAGGAGACAUCUGUAUAUCCCUGAGGUACGUCCCCACCUCCGGCAAGCUCACUGUCUGUGUGAUGGAAGCCAAGAACCUGAAGAAGAUGGACGUGGGUGGUUUAUCUGACCCGUUUGUAAAGGUGGUUCUGCAACACAAUGGCAAACGUUUAAAGAAAAAGAAGACCACGGUCAAACAGAACACGCUGAACCCGUAUUUCAACGAGAGCUUCAGCUUUGAGAUCCCCUUCGCUCAGAUUCAGAAGAUCCAGGUGCUGAUCACCGUCUACGAUUACGACAAACUGGGCAGCAACGACGCCAUCGGUAAGUGCUGGAUCGGGUACGGUGCCAGCGGCGUGGGCCUCCGUCACUGGUCCGACAUGCUGGCCAAUCCCAGACGCCCCGUCGCCCAGUGGCACACGCUGCAGCCCGAGGAGGAAGUGGACGCGGCCUUAAAAGCGCCGAUCCGCUAAACAUACCUGUCCAGUUAAAACACAGCCACGCCCGUAAAUAUACACCAAUCAAAGCUCACAGUCCAGAUGCAACAGAAACGUCGUGACCCGUGUUUAAAUAUAUACACACCUCACUAACUAUACCUGAGAACCUGCAGACCCAUGACUAGUCCCAAACUGCAAAUUAAAAUCACGUAUUUUACACACCUCAGACCUUCAGCCCUUCAUUAGUUUCAUUUUAUUGUGAUUAUUUAUUAUUUUAUAUGAUCUGUAUCUUGUAUAUGUA